AUGCUUCAACACUUGCUUGGCCUAGCCUUAAUUUUGGAUUGUCUACCUGGAGCCAGCCUAAUGGCUUCGCUGGCCCUAGAAGAUAUAGCUUAUGCCUGCUAUGUCCUUGAGUAUACUUCAGGCGAAUUUACAUACGCAUUAAACUGUGCCGAGGUAGCCGACACCCUGCUUUCCCAGCUUAACUACGGUGUAUGCAUGCAAGCCGCCUCGGCCAAUCGAGUUAAGGCUCUCAUAAUUGAAGAGAUCGCAAUAGACUACCAUGACUUAGAUCGAAUGCAAGCCUAUCUUGAGCUGAGCCGAGAUCUUCAUAUUCAGUCACUUGAUCUCUGCGAACGAUCCACUGCAAUCGCACAGCUCAUGCUGGCGAUAUUUUUGGCUCCAAAAGGAUAUUGUGAAGCCGAUUCUCAUGGCUACCUUGGAUAA